AGCAAGUACUUUCUGGAACACUUUCGAGUUAGGGUUCAGAGAGUGAGUGUGCGUGUACGAUCUACGAUGGGAGAACCAAAGCGAACCCCUCUGUUGAUCUUCGCGGUGCUCCUCGUGAUUUCCACCUCUUCGUUGCAGUUUCUCUCCGCUUCCGAUGAUGCGAUCUUCUACGAAUCGUUCGAUGAGGAUUUCGAAGGACGUUGGAUUGUCUCUCAGAAGGAUGAAUACAACGGUGCCUGGAAGCAUGAUAAGAGUGAGGGGCAUGAUGACUAUGGACUUCUGGUCAGUGAGAAAGCAAGGAAGUAUGCUAUAGUUAAAGAACUUGAUGAGCCUGUGAAGCUUAAAGAUGAAUCAGUUGUUCUUCAGUUUGAGACUCGCCUUCAGAAUGGCCUUGAAUGUGGUGGUGCAUAUCUGAAAUAUCUUCGACCACAGGAGGCUGGAUGGAAAUCCAAGGAAUUUGACAACGAAUCUCCAUAUUCUAUCAUGUUUGGUCCUGACAAGUGUGGGGCCACAAACAAGGUGCACUUCAUUUUCAAGCAUAAGAAUCCCAAGAGCGGGGAGUAUGUUGAACACCAUCUCAAGUUUCCCCCAUCUGUCCCGUCUGACAAACUAUCUCAUGUGUACACUGCCGUUUUGAAGCCAGACAAUGAGUUGGAAAUUCUAAUUGAUGGGGAACAAAAGAAGAAGGCAAAUUUCUUAUCUUCUGAGGAUUUUGAGCCUUCUCUUAUCCCUGCCAAGACAAUUCCAGAUCCUGAUGAUAAGAAACCUGAAGACUGGGAUGAGAGAGAGAAAAUUCCAGACCCAGAUGCAGUAAAACCAGAGGACUGGGAUGAGGAUGCACCCAUGGAAAUUCUUGAUGAAGAAGCCGAGAAACCUGAAGGAUGGUUAGAUGAUGAGCCUGAGGAGAUAGAUGACCCAGAUGCAACCAAACCAGAAGAUUGGGACGAGGAGGAGGAUGGUGAAUGGGAAGCCCCGAAGAUUGAUAACCCAAAGUGUGAAGCAGCCCCUGGUUGUGGUGAGUGGAAGAGGCCAAUGAAGAGGAAUCCAGCUUAUAAGGGAAAGUGGCAUGCCCCACUAAUUGAUAAUCCAGCAUAUAAGGGUAUAUGGAAGCCCCAGGAUAUUCCAAACCCUGACUACUUUGAACUUAAGAAACCCGACUUUGAGCCUAUUGCUGCUAUUGGUAUUGAAAUUUGGACAAUGCAAGACGGUAUAUUGUUUGACAACAUUUUGAUUGCUCAAGAUGAUAAGAUUGCAGCGUCCUAUCGGGAGACUACAUGGAAGCCCAAGUUUACCAUUGAGAAAGAGAAACAGAAGGAAGAAGAUGUGGAGACUGGAUCAAGUGGUCUUGCUAGCUUCCAGAAGAAGGUAUUUGACCUGCUAUACAAGAUCGCGGACAUUCCCUUCCUGAGUGCCUACAAGCUUAAAAUAUAUGAUAUCAUUGAAAAGGGUGAAAAGCAACCGAAUCUCACUAUUGGAAUUCUUGUAUCCGUGGUGGUUGUCUUCUUGUCAAUUUUCUUCAGGAUCCUAUUUGGUGGGAAGAAGCCGGCAACAAGGGUGGAGAAGACAAACACAGAAACAUCCACUAACCAAGGCGGUGAACAGAGUGAAGAAAACAAAGAGGAGGAAACCGCUGCUCCCCCUGCCCGAAGGAGGGUAAGGCGAGAUGAUUGAAAUGAUUGAGAAACUUGACAGGGGCGGCCAUUCAAGAUCACCAUAGAUAAAUUUUGAGCUUAGUUGGACAUUAGGUUGAUUCCAUAGCACUUUGUUUUUCAUUUUGGUAUUUUGAAAGAUGAUAUGCGUAUGGAAUGUAAAUCAGAUAUUCUGUAUUGUGCUGGUCACUUUGUAGACUUGAGUAUUUUAAGAUAAUUAAGGUUGUACAAUUAUUUUUCUAGUA